CGAAGCCAAACCACUUCGAAGAAGAAAAAAGUGGGUUUUGUUAAAAUCAGAAAGGGAGUAACAGAUUGAAAAAGCCUAGCCUACACGGCUUACACCAAAACGUGUUAAGUCUUACCCAACCCUCACUUCCCUGCCUCUUUUAACUCUGCCAGCUUUGAAACUGGUCCAAUUGGGUCAUCCUACUUUUGCUGAUUACAUGUUGCCCUGAAAAAGCUUUCUUCCAAAUCUUGUGGGUGAGAUCAUAAACUCUUGAUCAUCUCAUUCAUCUACUUUCCCGAUCACCUUAUAGUAGUCUGAUCAUUCCCCGAGUGUUUUGCACACUUCAUUGUGUAACCAAUAUGCAUGAUCCAAUUGGAAUUCCUGCUUGUUUUUCGGCCGGUGCUACUCAUCAAAGGCCGGUUGAUCAUGAUCCGGCGGGGGUGAUCAGGUCAGGCCAGAGUGUGUGUAAGUCUGUUUAUAGUACCAAGAUUGCUGGUCAGUGUCGUUUGAUCACUAUUACUUGGUGCAAGAAUCUUCUGCUACAUGGCCUCUCUGUUUCUGUUCAAGGCCAAGAAGGAGAGGAUGACUAUAGAUGCAAGGUUGAGCUGAAGCCCUGGUACUUUUGGAGGAAGACAGGCGCCAAACAAUUCAUGGUGGAUGGGAUCACAGUGGAUGUUGUCUGGGACCUAAAAGCUGCAAAGUUCAAUGGCGAAACCGAGCCACAGUCGGACUAUUAUGUUGCCAUUGUGAGUGAAGAAGAGGUGGUGUUGCUUGUUGGUGAUCAGAAGAAAGAUGCAUAUAGAAGAACAGGUUGCAGACCAUCACUGAUUGAACCAAUCUUGGUUUCAAGGAAGGAGCAUUUGUUUGGUAAGAGGAAGUACUCAACAAGAAUCAAGUUUCAUGACAAGGGAAAGGGAAGGUUUCAUGAGAUUUUAAUUGAGUGCAACAACAACAACAACAACAAUUCUGUAACCGGGUCCGGGGCUGAUCCAGAAUUGGAGAUAAAGAUUGAUGGGAACCAAGCCAUUCAUGUCAAGCACCUUCAGUGGAAAUUCAGAGGCAAUGAGUCCGUUGAUGUGAACAAAACCAAAGUUGAGGUCUAUUAUGAUGUUCAUGACUGGCUCUUUAGCUCUGGUCCAAGGUACGGAAUGUUCAUAUUCAAGCCAAUACCAUCAGAAUCUGCAGAGUGUUCUUUAUCAACAACAACCCCAGUUUUGACUAAUCAUCAAAAGUCAAGGUCUGGAUUAGAAGAUGAGGAUGAUGAUAAUGCAGGUGGGUCAUCUGGGUUUUCCUUAUUGGUUUAUGCUUGGAAAGUGGAAUGAUGGUGUUCAUCAUUAAGAAGAUUAAUCAAGGAAUUAAGGAAAAGGGAUGAUGAUGAUGAAUCUGAUUAAGGCUCCACCUUCAUGCACAGCUAGAACAGUGAGCUUCCCACAGAGGAACAGAUGGGCCCAAAAGAAACUCAGGAGUUUGCAAACAGCUGGAAUAGAAUAAUGUGGACAUAAUUCGACAUUCCAGAUUGGAUCCACAUUUACAUGUCCAAUAAUCUUCCCAUCCCAAUUCACCCAAUUACCCAUUCUGAGUUCCUUUCAACUGUAUGUGAAUUAUCUUCUGUAUUCUUGGUUCUUGUUUUAGUUGUAUUUAAUUACUAUUUUCUGCAUAGGUGAAUGAAGCAGAGCCCUGUAUAUAGUUUGUGUAUUUGUGUGCAGCAAGAGUGGGGUGUGCGAUUGUUUCUUUCAAGAAAGUGACGUAGUUCUUGUAGUUACGAGUAUUUACUAUUAGAUUUCG